ACUUCAGAGUUCAGAGUUCAGAGUUCAGAGUUGCGCAUAACUUUGUGGCCAGAAGACAACACGUACCUACAAACCAAACCCAAAAUGAUGGUUCAGAGAAUCUAUCUUCUUCUUCUUCUUGUUCAUCUUCCUCUGUUCUUCUUCUGUGGCUUCCCAGCAAUUUUAUCUCUCAGUGAUGCAGAAGACCCAGCAACCAAAACCAUGGAGGAUUUUUCUGGGUACCCAAUUCAUGAACCCCACUUCCCAAACUCUGUUUCUUCAAUGUCAGUGGACAUUCACAGUCUGCAAAAACAGAUUGAUGAGCUGUCAACUUUCUCAGAUACACCUGCCCCAUCAGUAACGAGGAUACUAUACAGUGAGAAGGAUGUUUUGGCUAGGAGGUAUGUCAAAAACUUGAUGAGACUUUCUGGUCUCUCUGUCAGAGAGGAUUUUGUUGGGAAUAUAUUUGGUCUGUGGGAGGGCUAUGAACCAGAGCUCGCUCCAGUUUCUACUGGUUCUCACAUUGAUGCUAUUCCAUACUCCGGGAAGUAUGAUGGGGUUGUUGGUGUAUUAGGUGCAAUAGAAGCCAUUAAUGUACUAAAGAGGUUUGGCUUUAAGCCCAGAAGGUCGCUGGAGGUGAUCAUGUUCACCUCAGAAGAGCCUACAAGGUUUGGGAUCAGCUGCUUGGGGAGCCGCUUAUUGGCUGGGGACGAGGCACUUGUGAAAUCUCUCGAUAGGACAGUUGAUAAUCAAAAUGUAACAUUCUUCCAUGCCGCAAGGUCAGCUGAUUAUGCAAAUGAUCAAGAGGAGUUAUCCAGUGUCUUUCUAAAGGAAGGAAGCUAUUCGGCUUUCGUAGAGUUACACAUAGAGCAAGGUCCUAUUCUGGAAGAAGAAGGUAUUUCUAUUGGCAUUGUGACUGCAAUUGCUGCUCCUGCAAGCAUUAAGGUGGAUUUUGAAGGCAAUGGAGGUCAUGCAGGCGCUGUCUUGAUGCCGAAUAGAAAUGAUGCAGGACUGGCUGCUGCUGAGUUAGCUCUAGCUGUGGAGAAACAUGCAUUAGAAUCUGGAUCAAUUGAUACUGUUGGUACUGUUGGUAUUCUCAAUCUGCAUCCUGGAGCAAUCAACAGCAUCCCAAGCAAAUCACACCUGGAAAUAGAUACACGGGACAUUGAUGAAUAUCGAAGAAACAUUGUUAUCGAGAAAAUCCAUCAAUCUGCUUUAAAUAUAUCCCAAAAACGAGGUGUCAAGCUUUUGGAUUUUAAAAUUGUCAAUCAAGAUCCACCAGCCCUUUCUGAGAAAUCAAUAGUUAAGGCCAUGGAAUCAGCAUCACAAGAGCUUAACCUGACUCACAAGAAGAUGAUCAGCAGAGCUUAUCAUGAUUCGCUGUUCAUGGCCAGAAUAUCCCCAAUGGGCAUGAUAUUCAUUCCUUGUUACAAAGGAUACAGCCAUAAACCUGAAGAAUUUGCCUCCAUUGAGGAUAUAACAAAUGGGGUCAAGGUAUUAGCACUGACCCUUGCCAAGUUGUCCCUACACUGAUACCUGUACCACAAUUCUUGCUGAAGCUCUGUUUCUAAUAACUCAAACUGGUUAAUGGGGCUUGCUUUGCACAUUAUUACCUGCUCUAUGUUGUUUCAUGUAUGAUUAUCAUUUGUAAGUGACUAACAAGGAGUGAAUUUGAAACUUGUGUUUAAAGAUGUGAAACUGAUAUUGAUGUGACAUAACCCUGUCUAAAUUUAAAAAGAUCU